AUGGCAGCUCGCGGGCCUGUGGAGUUGCAUGACCUGCAUGGCAUGGCAGCAUACGCGGAUGCUGCUGUUCCAAACAACGCCCCUGUUACUGCUGCGACCACACCCCUGCUUAUGCCUUCUCGUGCCACUGCCAGCACGCCCCUGCUCAUGACAGCUCGCGGGCCUGUGAAGGAGCAUGACCUGCAUGGCAUGGCAGCAUACGCGGUGCAUUCGCAUCUGCUGUACCAGCUGGUGGGGAGGGACCCUGAAGGGAGAACAGCACGGAGUGAGUUCAAGGGGCUGCAUAUAGGCACGUUCCAACAGCACUUGCAGAACCAGUAUGGCACAUCGCUGCAUUACCCCGACCAACGUCUGUUUGCUGCUUGCGCCCCAGCUGAAGCCAGAGCCGCACAACGCACUGCUGCUGCUGCUGCUCUGGUCCCCCUUGCACCACCCUCCCUCCCUCCUCUCCCUUGCACCUCCCUCCCUCCCUCCUCUCCCUUCCACCACCCUCCCUCCCUCCUCUCCCUUCCACCACCCUCCCUCCCUCCUCUCCCUUCCACCACCCUCCCUCCCUCCUCUCCCUUCCACCACCCUCCCUCCCUCCUCUCCCUUCCACCACCCUCCCUCCCUCCUCUCCCUUCCACCACCCUCCCUCCCUCCUCUCCCUUCCACCACCCUCCCUCCCUCCUCUCCCUUCCACCACCCUCCCUCCCUCCUCUCCCUUCCACCACCCUCCCUCCCUCCUCUCCCUUCCACCACCCUCCCUCCCUCCUCUCCCUUCCACCACCCUCCCUCCCUCCUCUCCCUUGCACCACCCUCCCUCCCUCCUCUCCCUUCCACCACCCUCCCUCCCUCCUCUCCCUUCCACCACCCUCCCUCCCUCCUCUCCCUUCCACCACCCUCCCUCCCUCCUCUCCCUUCCACCACCCUCCCUCCCUCCUCUCCCUUCCACCACCCUCCCUCCCUCCUCUCCCUUCCACCACCCUCCCUCCCUCCUCUCCCUUCCACCUCCCUCCCUCCCUCCUCUCCCUUCCACCACCCUCCCUCCCUCCUCUCCCUUCCACCACCCUCCCUCCCUCCUCUCCCUUGCACCACCCUCCCUCCCUCCUCUCCCUUGCACCUCCCUCCCUCCCUCCUCUCCCUUCCACCACCCUCCCUCCCUCCUCUCCCUUCCACCACCCUCCCUCCCUCCUCUCCCUUCCACCACCCUCCCUCCCUCCUCUCCCUUCCACCACCCUCCCUCCCUCCUCUCCCUUCCACCACCCUCCUCCCUCCUCUCCCUUCCACCACCCUCCCUCCCUCCUCUCCCUUCCACCACCCUCCCUCCCUCCUCUCCCUUCCACCACCCUCCCUCCCUCCUCUCCCUUCCACCACCCUCCCUCCCUCCUCUCCCUUCCACCACCCUCCCUCCCUCCUCUCCCUUCCACCACCCUCCCUCCCUCCUCUCCCUUCCACCACCCUCCCUCCCUCCUCUCCCUUGCACCACCCUCCCUCCCUCCUCUCCCUUCCACCACCCUCCCUCCCUCCUCUCCCUUCCACCACCCUCCCUCCCUCCUCUCCCUUCCACCACCCUCCCUCCCUCCUCUCCCUUCCACCACCCUCCCUCCCUCCUCUCCCUUCCACCACCCUCCCUCCCUCCUCUCCCUUCCACCACCCUCCCUCCCUCCUCUCCCUUCCACCUCCCUCCCUCCCUCCUCUCCCUUCCACCACCCUCCCUCCCUCCUCUCCCUUCCACCACCCUCCCUCCCUCCUCUCCCUUCCACCACCCUCCCUCCCUCCUCUCCCUUCCACCUCCCUCCCUCCCUCCUCUCCCUUCCACCACCCUCCCUCCCUCCUCUCCCUUCCACCACCCUCCCUCCCUCCUCCCCCUUCCACCUCCCUCCCUCCCUCCUCUCCCUUCCAUCACCGCCUUGGAUCGCCCCCAUGACAUCACCCGUCCCUCAGGCUGUCCAAGUGGGGCGAGACGAGCAGACGCCUGUACCUGCCAGUGCUACGGUGGGGAUGGCUGUAGCAGACACGGCUGUAGCUGAUACAGUUGCAGCUGACAUGGCUGUAGCUGAUACAGUUGCAGCUGACAUGGCUGUAGCUGAUACAGUUGCAGCUGACAUGGCUGUAGCUGAUACAGUUGCAGCUGACACGGCUGAAGCAGAGACGGGUGCAGCAGAGAAGGGUGUAGAAGAGAGGUCUGUAGCAGAGAAGGCUGAAUCAGAGAAGGCUGUAGCAGUGAAGGCUUUACCAGAGCAGGCUGUAGCAGUCAAUGUUGCAGCUGACAGGGCUGUGGCAGACAAUGCUAGCGGCAUGGGCACGUACGAGUCAGACGAGAUUUAUCCCUCCCUCCCUCCCUCCCUCCCUCCCUCCCUCCCUCCCUCCCUCCCUCCCUCCCUCCCUCCCUCCCUCCCUCCCUCCCUCCCUCCCUCCCUCCCUCCCUCCCUCCCUCCCUCCCUCCCUCCCUCCCUCCCUCCCUCCCUCCCUCCCUCCUCCCUCCCUCCCUCCCUCCCUCCCUCCCUCCCUCCCUCCCUCCCUCCCUCCCUCCCUCCCUCCCUCCCUCCCUCCCUCCCUCCCUCCCUCCCUCCCUCCCUCCCUCCCUCCCUCCCUCCCUCCCUCCCUCCCUCCCUCCCUCCCUCCCUCCCUCCCUCCCUCCCUCCCUCCCUCUCUCCCACCCUCGCUUCCUUCCCUGCACCCCUCAGCUCCUGCGUGCCCUGGGAUGCCCCGGCCCUGCACCCUUGCUUCCUUCCCUGCACCUCUCAACUCAACCACCCCUUUCCACCCACCAACAUCCCUCCCUCUCCCAUUCCCCCUCUCAGCUCCUGCGCGCCCUGGGAUGCCCCGGCGUCGGCACCUACGAGAAUGACGAGAUUCUCGAAACUUCCUCCUAGCCCCAAAGCCCUUCUGGACUCCGCCUUUGCCUCGCUGGCAGCGGCACAGCCAGCAGCCAAGUCAGCGAGCCGUUCAGCCAAAAAAAGGCUGGCUGACGUGGCAGAGGCCUUGGUGGGCGCCAGCUGGCGGUGCGGCGGCGCUGACAUGGCGCUGCCGGUGCUGAGGUGGCUGGGCCUGCCUACGGAGGGCGUGGGGGAACUGUUGAGGGGAGAGACGGGGUGGAGGGGGAGAGAGGCGGAGGGGGUGGCAAAGAGAGGGGUGGUGGGAGUUGCAGCAAAGACAGAUAUGGCACUGGACGUGCCAUCAGAGGGCGUGGGCGAGCUGCUGAGGGGAGAGAUGGGAGCACGAGAAUUGGAGCAAAGGGUGAGUGGCAGCAAGCACGCUUGGGAGCCAACUAGACAGCCGUUGGAGCUGCAACUUGCGCCGCCAGAGAAGCGGCCUAAGCUGCUUGAAGGGGAAUGCGUGCAGCACCAGGAUGGGCAGCAGGAGGAACAGCAGCAGCAGCAGCAGCAGACUUUGCCCAGCUUCCUAGAACCUUCCACCGCCAGAACGAACCCCAGCAACAUCUGUGACGGUCCAUUCUCCUGCCGCCACGUCACCACAUGCCACGUCAUUGCACGCUGCCAUGCCAUCGCACGUGCCACGUCAGCGCACGCCACCCGGCCGUCCCCGCACCAGCUGACGAACCUGCGCAUGGUUGUGAACAACAUGAAGCGGUUUUGCCAGCUGGCGGUGUGCCGUGGGCUGCUGCGAUUGGUGCGCAACAUACGGCGGGCGGUGAAGGCUGCUGCUGCCGAUGCAGCUGACUUGGCACAUGUGGCUGCUUGGCAAUCGGGAAAGGAGGAGGAAGGGAAGGAGAAGGAGAAGGAUGGGGGGGAGGACGGGAAGGAGAAGGAGACGGAUGGGGAGGAGUACGGGAAGGAGAAGGAGACGGAUGGGGAGGAGUACGGGAAGGAGGAAGUGAAUUUCAGUAGAGAAGGCAUGGUUGGAUCACAGAGGAUGUUACAGCAGGCUGUAAUCGAGAGAGGGGAGGACGUGGGGAGAGGGGAGGACGUGGGGAGAGGGGAGGACGUGGGGAGAGGGGAGGACGUGGGGAGAGGGGAGGACGUGGGGAGAGGGGAGGCCGUGGGGAGAGGGGAGGCCGUGGGAAGAGGGCACAUGGGCAAUGGUGAUGACAUUGAUGAUGAACAGAAGCCGUUCCGCAAGGAAGUUCCUGAUCUUAUAGAGGCCCUCAUUGCAGCAGUCUUCCUCGACUCUACUCCUCCAAACACCCCUCGGACCGCACUCAACCCCCUUGCACAUCUUCAUCUCUCAUGCCCUCUCACCCGCACGUGGCAAGUGGUUUCUUCGUGGCUCUCCCCCAUCCCUCUGCUGCAUCCCCUCUCCCUCCAUCCCCCCUCCGCCCUGCUCCUCUUCUGCGGCGCCCUCGCCCUCCCCCCCCCUAUUUACUUGCCGUGGGGGGAGAGGGGGGGGCGGGAGAGGGGGAAAGGGAAAACGGAGGGGGACAGGAACGGGGAUGGUGCGUGGAAGGAUGAGGAGGGUGGGGAAAGGGACGGCGGGAUGGUGUGUGGGAGUGGUGUGAGAGAGAAAGGUGGGGAGCGGAAGGGAAUGGAAAAUGGGCUGUGUGAAAAUCGCUUGCGGAUGAGUAGAGGAGGAGGUGGAGGAGCAGAGGAGGGGGAGGUGGGGGUGGUUUUGGAAGUGGAGGUGAGAGGAGUGGUGCUGGGGGAGGGGUGGGGGGUGGAUGACGUGGCAGCAACGGUGGAAGCACCAGCUAGCGUGCUGAGGAGGGCCAAGACUGUGCAGGGCUUCCGGAAGCUGUACCAGGAGGCAGAGAAGGCACGGGCUGUGGGGCCUACGAGUGCUGCAUGGGAGACCCAAUCAGAGGAAGGCGAUAAGGGAGUGGAGGAGGGAGGAAAGGAGGAUGAAGCUGGGAAAGAGGCAGGAGGAGGAGAAGGUGUAGCAGGGAUGGAGGGAAUUGUGCCCGAGGGUUCUGUUAAGAAUGGAGGGAAAAGUGAGUGUAAUGGUGGGAAGUCGAAGGCAGGAGGAAAGAAGAGGAAGAGAGGCAAGUCAGGAAUGGGGGAGGCGGCAGCAGAUGCCAGGGCAGGAGCAAAGGCUGGAGGAAAGAAGAGGAAGCGAGGGAA